AUGGGAGGAACGCGAGGUCGGCGACCUGCGAGAGGCAGAAGAGCCGAGAACGUCCCUUCGUCUCCCAAGAGUCUGGCUUCUGGGGUCGCGGCGUCUCUCUCAUGCUCCGCGCGGCGCCUCGGCAAGUCCGAGGAUACGAAGAGUGGCGGAGAGAAGAAGGGCCAGACAGCGAACAGCCGAGGUGAGACUCCAGAGACAACGACAGGGUGCGCAGACCUCGGUACGAUCGAGGCGUCGUCGAAGAGGCGACGACCUGCAGAGAAGGGCAAACCUUUGCCUCUUCCGCCUCCUGUUGCCUGCGCGCCAACCGUGGCGACCGCGUCUCCUCAAGGGACACCGAAGAGCACUGAGGAUCUGUCCGCAGCGUCUCCUCUCGCGUUCUCCAAUUCUGCUUGUCCCUCGGCCCCUCGGCCCUCCGUCGAGCCGCGCCCGCCGGCCCGGGACCUGCGCGAAGGGGACAGUGUGGGGCGCGCGGAGACACAUGUCUCCUCGCCGGGGCAUUGUGCAGGGCCGGCGUCGCUCCCGUUCUCUUUUUCCUUCUCCUUUACCCCGCGACAGCGCCUGCCGGCGGUCGAUCCGCCUCUGAAGGCCGCGAAUCUCCAGCUGCCCGACGACGGUGGCAUCUCGAGUGUGGGGUUUGAGCCGGCGGCCUUCUUGGGCGUUUUCCAGAACGACGUGCGCGGUCACUUCCCGCCGCUCGACUCGCGGCCAAGUCUGCAGGAGACAGCCUCCCAGAGACCCUCGACGCUCGCCCGGUCCGUCGGCGCCGAGCCGAACUAUCUCCGACCGCGUCUCCUGCGCCCCCUGCGACUCCACGGCGUCCAGGCGCCCGCCGCGGAUGCGGGGGCCUCGCCUCCAGAGACAGGCCAGUUCCGCGCGCUGGGGGACGCCCUGGCAGCCGAGCAGCCGCGCCCGGGUGCUGAGGCCGAGGGGCUGCUCGGACGCGAACUCGCCGCAGACGUGGACGGAGACGUUGGCCUCCUCGAAGGCGGCGACGGCGGCCGCAAGGGCCGAGACGAAGCCGGCGCCUCCAGCCGGCGCGUCGGCUUCGCGCGACUCCGAACCUUCGACAAAACGAACCAGGUCUUCCAACUGUCGGCGGAGGAGGAGGCGAGUCUCCUGCGUCUCGCCGAAGAGCAGCACGAGCGGCUGUUCGCAGACGAGGGCAAGCGCCGCUGGCUCAAGCAGUGGGUGGAGCCCGCGCAGGCGGGUGUCUCCGGGGCCGCGGCCCUGUCUCCCUUAGGGCGCGCGCGGCAGACGUUCCUCAUCUCGCCCAGCCCGGCGUGGGGAGCGCCCCUCCCUGCGCUCGCUGAGGAACUGACGAAGAAAAAGUUGCCUCUUCCUGUCGCCUCGAAAGCUGUUCGCCGCCUCACGCCUCUCCCCGCCUCCCUCGUCUCCUCGACGCCGGAGGCGAAGCUCACGGAACCUCGCGACGGCGCCCAGCCAGACGCGCAGAGGGCAGCACGGUACUCCGACAGGUUGCCCGCAGAGAAGGCUGAGGUGGACGCCGGCGCGAGUACAGCUGGAGGCCCCGAGAGUCCAGCAGCCUAUGGGCUUCAGCCCAGCGCAGACGCCGGGGCAGAGCCAGUGCGCGGAAGGCCGCGGCGGGUCGUCAUUCCCAGGGGCGCGUUCAAGAGUCACGACGCUGUGCGUCGAGGAGAAGCUCCUGUUUGUCUCCGCUUUCUUGCUGGUUCCCAUGCGUCGGCUUCGCCUGAGACUGCUAAGGGCCUCACGUCUUCUUCUGUCCCUGAUGCGGCCUCUGGUACUUCGGAGACAGACCCCACACGCGCCCCUGCCUCAGCUCCGACUAUCUCCGGCGUCUCCACUGUCUCCCCUCCUGCGGGCUCCGACCCUGUGCGCCCCGUGGCGCGGCCACUGUCUCCCGCGGUCUCCGCAGCCGCUGCCUCUCUUGCGCCCUCUGUCCCCUCCGUUCCGCGCGGCGAGACACCCGAGAAGGCCCGCGUCCCCGCGGGCGCCGCGGACGCGGUCGUCGAGGCGGAUGCUUCGCCUGACCCCACGCGCGGAGGCGCGCGCCACGGCGCCCUCCAGGUGGGGGCUGAGCUCGAAGUGGAGAAGGAAGACGACGAAACGAAGGAACGAAACCUGUUGAUCUUCUUGUGUAGUUUAGAGCAAGCCAUCUGUCAGUGGGCAGCAACUGCGACGCUCUGUCACCACUCGCUCUUUUCUGAGGAAGAGAGCGCGAGACGCCCUUCGGCGGUGGUGACAGGCCGCGGCGGAGACCAACGAGGCGCUCGCGAGGAGACACGCGGCGCGACAGCGCGUCUGGCGGCAGCUGCGGACAGGAAGCUGCAUGCAGUCUGUUCGCGGAAAAUCCUGGACGACGCGCAUGCCUUCUCGCCUCUCCUCGCUUCCUCCUUGGCCUCGGCGUCCUCUUCGCAGCCUUCAAAAGACGACAUCUCCUCUUUCUGGCGCGCCUUGCUUCCUGUGAAACCACCAGACAUGCCGCUGGAAGAAUUCGUUGUGUGGUGCCAGCGACCCCUUGGCAUGAAUGUGUCGGAGUACCUCCGGAUUUUGUCGGGGCACGAGGCCCUCGAGUGUCUCCCAUCGACCACACAGUCUCCAGAGGCCCUCGAGUGUCUCCCAUCGACCCCACAGUCUCCAGAGGCCCACGAGUGUCCCCCACCGACCCCACAGUCUCCAGAGGCCCUCGAGAAGGCAGCCAUGUCGAUGUGUCCCGAAGAGAAGGAGCGCGACCCUCGUUCGCAGGAGAAACGCGGGAGACGCCCGCGGCUCUCUCUUACAUCCCCAACCGGCACUUCGUCGCUCUCUUUGCCCUGUUCUUUUUCAGCUGGUGCUGCGACUGAAAAGUCGCGAAGAAGCGACGCCUCUUCUCUCAGACGUUCUUCGACCUCUGCGUCGCUCUCAUCUUCUCCCAGCUCUCCCUCCUCAUCUUCUGCUCCUAUUGCUUCUUCAGCAGACUCCCCUGCAGGACCCGUUUCUUCCUCUACGUCGCCUUCGUCUUGUUCUCCUUCGUCUGCUUGUUCUCCUUCUUGUUCUCUCUCGUCUGUUUCCACGGCAUGUGUAUGGCAGCACCUGUACCGAUGGUCAGAGGCGAAUGCCGCGGACUUGGGCGCCGUCCUUGAUGGCUACGUCGACUUCGACGAAGAGCGGCGACGCGCGCUGAAGAAACAGAGACACCUCCAGAGACAGUUCGCCAUCUACAGCAAACUCUGCUCGACGAUGCGGCGAAACUUUGCGACUUUGCUGCCCCGGCAGCUGCGCACAAUUCGAGCGGGGAUGUUUUUCACGAUUUCUCAGAGUGCCCUUUCUCACGGUCGAUUGUUGAACCUCGUCUCGUGGCAACCGCCAGAGUCCCCCGCCCUUCCCUUUGCGUCUCUGUUCCUCUCUCCAUCUUCUUCUCUGUGUUCGUCGUCCUGUGCUUCCUCGGUGGGUGUGCCAUCCUCCUCCGAAGAGAGGCCAUUGAAGACGAACGCAUGCAGUCUGCCAGUGGCCUCGCCUCGCGGCAUGUCUGCUCCCACUGUCUCCACAUCUCUCCUUCCGCCUGUCGCAGAAGGUGGAUUUCCGGCGAACGCAAAGGCGCCGGAGAGAGCGACGGAGCGAGCGGACAAACACGAGGAAGGCGAAGCGCGCGCCGCUCGGUCAGGCACCCGAAUUCUGCGACAAAGAGGCCUCGUCGCAGCUGAGUAUUUCGCGGAUCGGGAAGGCCUUCUUCGGGACCUCGUCGCCUCCUUCCCGGGGCGCUCCAACGCCCAAGGGGAUCGCGGCGGCGUCUCCGGAGGGCCGACGGGCGAGGCCGAGGCCGAGGCCGAGGCGGGGGAUCCAGAGGAGACAACAGGGUGCGUCGAAGCGACGGGGAAGAACCGAGCUGCUCAUGCAGGUUUUCGAGUCGGAGAAAACACUCACACUGGUAAAGCUUUCUACUACCUACGAGCCGUCGACGCACUCGAGAAACGCUUCGAGGACAUGCACGGCGUCGCCCAGAGACAACGCGACCGCCUACAAGCUGUCGCCGAGUUCGGACUCUUCCCCCCCGCUCCAGAAGAAAUCCCCCGCGGCUGUCAAGUCUGGAGAUGUCUCAACCUUACUUACGCGACCGUCCUCUGGCUUCUCUUCCAUGGCGCCUCAGCUUCUCUGUUGGUGAUGCGAGUCUCUCGCCUUCGGCCCCACCCGGAUCUGCAGGUGUGCCUCCACAGUCUUCAAGUGGAGAACGCAGUUUUCUCUGUGCGUCGCCAGCUCGCCUCUUCUCCCUCCUCUCUUGCUCCAUCUCCUUCUCGCCUUUCUUCUGUGCUUCCUCUCUCUCCACACUCUUCUUCUCGGCGAGAGGACCAGGCAGCAGAGCGAGACGGUGGGGACAGACGAGACGUCUUGGCGACGGAGACAGGAGACAGGAGAGACACUCUCGGGGAGAAAGAGAGACAGCUCGUCUCAGAGCUCGUGGGCCGGGCGUUGGCAACAGCCCGGCGCUUGGCGGGAGAGGAGGAAGGAAGCGAGACAAAGCGAGAAGGAAGAGAAGAAGAGAGAGAAGAAGAAGGACUUCCGGCAGUCCAAAGACCUGGCAGUCUCAUCGCCGCGAAAGACGCAUACCUCGCCGGUGAUCACUUGGUUGAAAUCGCCCCUCACCUCGAAGACGUCUCGCUGACUCAACACCUGGAGAAGCACGGUGUUUACAAAGGCGAACGCGACGUGCAGCGCGUCCGGCAAAUCAUCUUUCUGCUCAUCAGGCUGCUGGAAGAGGCCCCAGACCAUUCGGUUCUUUUGCCCGUCAAGACCUCCCGGGUGUAUCUACGCCAGCGCCGCCUCGUGCUCUACAUCGGCGUGCCAGCCUCCGCCGCAUGCAUUCCCCUCUCGGCGUUGCUGAGCUGUAGGUCAGUUGCUUCUGCGCCGCCCGAGUCGAGGAGAGAGAAGUCGGAGACAGCGCAGGGAGCAGACGAGAACGCGACGGCGCGGGAGGCGAACAGAGUGCUUGCGAAACAAAUCGAAGGAGCGAAACAAGAGGAACUCGAAUACGUUCUCUCUCGCGACUUCGGCGUCUCAGUGUUAGACGCCAUGAGACAGCCUACCGUCGCCUCUGUCCUUGGAUGGACGGAGCCUCUCGACAGUAGGCUACCGCCGGAAUGCUUUCCUUGUGACCGCCUCUCUCUCACGCCUUCCUCUGAGCGAGCGAGUGGGGACAGCCCUCGAGUUUCCUCUUCAUCUUUCCUUCCGCUCUAUCCAACAAAGCCAGUCGAUGUCUCUAAAGCCCACACUUGGAUGUUGGGCGUCUUGCUCUACCGAAUUGUUUGCGGCGAAGAGAAGCCAGUCUCCUCCAGUGUCGCUCGGGCGUCACUAGCCUCUUCUUCUUCGUUGUCGGCCGAGACAUGCCCUUUUGACCUUUCUGCAUGCAGCGAUGAAAGCGCGAGGCGUUUUCUCGCGUGGUGCCUGACUCCAGAUCCGCGGCGGCGGCCUCUUGUCAGAGACCUGCUACGUCACCCUUUCCUCGCUGGCUUGGGGGACUCGUACGACGCGACUGUGCACCCGAGUUCGCCGCUGGGGGGCGAGGAGCGAAGAGACAGGAGACAGUUGUUGCGGCGCGACGGCGCUUUAGAGCCGAGCGGGGAGUCCAUGCUGGACUGCGGUGGCAGUUUCGACGAGUCGAAGGCCAGGACAGAAGCCUCUUUUCUGGGAGAGAGCGACUCAGAGCCUGCAUGCAGUGAGCGCGCCGCAAACGCAUGCGACGAACACAACGCCUCCCACACUCCACGGGCCAGCGCCGGCGCGCGAAGAAGCGCAGAUGCAUGCAGGCCAGGCGCAAGCGGCGCAAGCGGCGCAAGCGGCGCAAGCGGCGCAAGCGGCGCGGCCGGGUGGGGCAGACCCUCGGGAGGCAGUCGGAGGUCGAGCGUCCCCAGACUCCUCGAUGGAAGCUCCUCAGACGCCUCCCCAGUCGCUUCUGCGAGACGGCGCCGACGCGCAGGGGCGUCCUCGCCCGUCCGCGAUCCGUGGGGGAGAGGCUUGCGAGACAGUUCCGCCUCUUUCUCCUUCUCAGCAGGCGCGGCUCUCAGGCGCACUUCCGAGAACACCCAGCCGCGGCUCAGGGGAAGCCAGUCCCGCAGGCCUGCGAGCGCCUCAGGCUCCGACAGACAUGCCCGAGAAGGACCGGAGCGCGAAGGGGAGACAGGCCUGAACGCGUCUCCAGGCCGAAGCGGAGAGACGGACGCGGCGAGUCCAAAGCGCCGGUCCACGAUGCACGGUUCCCGACUGCGGAGGCGGUCGUCGAGCAGCGGCAGAGGAGAGAGAGAGAAUCGCAGGAAGAGCACAGGAGGCAGAGUAGACAGCAGGCGACACAGCGCCGGAGCCUCGCCCCAGAGAGUCAAAACCUUGCCGUCCCCUCUGUCUCCUGCGACGACACCUCGGAGACGCGCAGACGAGGAGACACGAAAAACGCAACCUGACCAGCCACGAGGGUCUCGGCGCACCAGCGCGCGCUCGCAAACGUCGGCCUGUGCGUCUCCCGCCAAACUGCAUGCAGCCUAUGGGCGACAAGGGGCGCGCGCAGCGGCAGGUACGCAUGCACUGCAUGCAGAAGCUUCGGCGUCCUUCACUCCGGGGUCUGUGCGCCGGCGCCAGCGAGUCUCGGAGUCGUUGCGGCGGAGCGGGCGCGAGGUGAGGUCUUCCUCGCGAGUCAUUGGGGACGAAGAGGUAGAGCGGGUGGAGACAGGCAGGAGCCUCUUUUAUCGUCGAAAGAGAGAUUCGGAGACAGGCUCUUCACCGGUUUCGCAGCGGAAGAAGCCGCGAGGCGAAGCUCCGGUCGACGCGCUGCUGUCUCGAAGCCGGAGAGAACAAGGUGGAAACACACGUCUCCUCGCCUGCUCAGAAGCUCUUUUUGGAGACGUCGAAAGAAUGGUUCCCGAACUCAUUGGCCGACAACGUGACGGCCGCGAAGACGGAGUCGCCUUUUACGGAGGCAACGACCCUCUCUCGAUCGGGCUUCCCAGCGAAGAUGACGAAGAGUGGCGCGAAAGCUCCCAGGAAGAAGACGAAGAAGAGUGA